AUGGCACCUCUCUCAUCGAGGAUAUUUCCCGUCGCGAUCGGUGCUCUCGCCCUCACACCACUGACCUCCGCGUGGACCCUGACAUGGCGCAACUCGACCGCCGGCGCCACCAUCAUCAAUGAGAACAAGGCCGAAAACUGCACGCGCAUCUGGCACCAGAAAGGCCUGCCGUUUGCCUGGGAUCCAGAGGGGAAAUGGUGCAUGCACUUCUACAAGGACGCGGCAUGCACCCAAAUCGCCGGCUACGCCUGUGACGGCAAGGUCUGGCGCCAGGACGCCUCGCGCGAUCUCCCCGCCUUUGACGUCUUCCCCAUGCCCCCCGAGUCCGUCAGCGUCAUUUUCCCGUCGACCUCCUCGACAGCAACCACUCCCACCUCCACCGCCGUAACCACCACAGCAUCCCAGUCCCCGUCAGCCACCUCCGCAGCCGCAUCGACCGCGCCCACCACAUCCCCAACCCCGUCCCCCUCCCCCGCCUCGUCCUCCUCCACCCUCUCCGGGGGCGCCAUCGCUGGAAUCGUCAUCGGCGCCAUCGCCGCCGUCGGUCUCAUCGCCGCCCUCUUCUUCUUCUUCGGAAGACGCAACCGCAAGCCAGCCCAGCCCGCGGAGCCCGACCCGCGGUCGACCACCCCGCCAACCCCGCAAUUCCCGCCGGGUUCGCCACUCGGCCUCGUCUCGACGAACGAUACCGCGGCGGCCCCCGCGCCAGCUUACAUCGUCCCGAACAAGCGGGAACUCGCCGAGGCGGAGAUGUCCCAGGCGUAUGCGCAUGGGUACGGGCAUCCACGGGCGUACGCCGGCGCCAAGUUCGUCGAGUUACCCGGCAACGGGGCGGAGGCGGAACUGAGCAAUAGCCGACAGGUGCACGAGAUGGAUGGAACGAGUGAUAUCAAGCGGCCGAUUUAUGAGGCGGCUUGA